AUGCAAGCCACUGGAGGAGCGACACCUCUUAUGUAUGCUUGUCAGCAAUGUCAAGUAUCAGAAGUUUUAAAUAUUUUGUCCAGAUUUCCUGAUUCAGUUAAAGAAAGAGAUAGAACGUUGAAGACUCCACUUCAUUAUUGUGCGGAAAAUAAAAAUAUUUCUUGUGCCGAUGCUGUUUUAAAAGCAUAUCCAGAAUUAGUUAACGCUCAAGAUGAAAAUGGUUACUGUCCUCUUCAUUUAGGAGUUAUAGCCGGUAACAGGGCAAUUAUUAAAUUUCUUUUACGAAAAGGAGCAAAAGUUAAUUUACAGGAUUACGAAGGACAUUCGGCCGUGCAUUGGGCAGUAGUUUCCAGUGAAAAAGAAGCAUUGGAAAUAAUUUUAGAAGCUGGAGCGGAUCCCUCAAUACCUGAUAAACAUGGCGGUUAUCCGAUUCAUUAUGCUGUUCAAUUAUGUGGACCGGAUAGCGAAAACAAAAAAAAAUUAGAUAAUGCUGUUAAAAUCGUUCAAAUACUUAUAAGUUUUGGUGUUGAUAUAAAUGUCGUUGAUAAAGAUGGCCGAGAACCAAUUUUAUGGGCUGCAAGCGCUGGUAGUGCAAGUGCUAUUAUUCAUUUAAUCAAUAGCGGUGCCAGAAUAGAAGCAGCUGAUAGAGAUGGACUCACAGCUCUUCACUGCGCUGCAUCCAGGGGUCACACAGAGACAAUAGAAACUCUUAUCGGUUUAAGUGAAUCUCAGGUAGACGUGAUCGAUGGCAAUGGUUGUUCGGCAUUAUUUUAUGCGGUCACAUUAGGCCAUGCUGAUUCAACAGAAGUUUUAUUAAAGCUCGGAGCAGAUCCAAACAGACAAGAUAGAAAAGGAAGAACGCCUGCUCAUUGUGGCGCAUCAAAGGGACAAUUAGAAACGUUGAGAAUUCUUAAAAAGUACGGUGGUAACUUGUGGUUAAGAAAUGUUAAAGGCGAUCUUCCUUUUCACGAAGCCGUUGCAUCCGGAAGAAGAGAUUUAGUUUUUUGGCUUUUAGAUCAAAAUCCGGAAGCUGUUAAUAUUGGAAAUAAUGAUGGAAAAUGCGCUUUGCAUAUUGCAGCCAUGCAUAAUCAUUUGGAAUUGAUAAAAGUUCUUCUCGAUGCAAAUUCUUUAGUUAAUCCUAUAAUGAGAUCUAGUAAAGGAGUUUUAAUGACACCCUUAAAUGUGGCUUUAUGUAAAGGUCAUCGAAGUUGUGGGAAAUAUCUUCAGCUACACGGUGGUGUACCAUUUUCAAAGGUGUCAAAUACAGAUGCAAAUACAAUUCGUACCAUAAAAUAA